GAAACACGCUCCCCGACCCGUUCCGCUCGUCGACUCGUCGUCUUCUCCUUCCAUUUCUCUCUCUCUCUCUCCUCCACAGCUCAAGCGCCCCUCGCGAUCUCGCCUCCCCCCUCCAGAUCAAAACCCUAGCGCUCGCCCCGGGAGGCCCUCGCGCGGAGGCGGCGGCGGCAGCGCGGUGGGUCGGUCCCCGGCGGGUGAAGCUCGGGAGAUCUCCGCGCGGAGUGAGGGGCGGUGGCCGAUGGGCGGGGCGGCCUCGGUCGGCGCGGCGGCCGGGAGGCAGGAGGCAGUGGCGACGUACCCGGUGGUGCUCAACGUGUACGACCUCACGCCGCUCAACAACUACCUCCACUGGUGCGGGCUCGGCAUCUUCCACUCCGCCGUCGAAGUUCAUGGAUCGGAGUACAGUUUUGGAGCACAUGAUCACCCCUCAAGUGGGGUUUUUGAGGUGGAACCAAAGAGCUGCCCGGGGUUCAUAUACAGGUGUUCAAUUUUCAUAGGCCAUACUAGUCUGAAUCACUUGGAAUUUCGAGAGUUUAUUCAGAGAAUGGCCUCAGAUUAUCAUGGAGAUACUUACCACCUCAUUUCCAAGAACUGUAACCACUUUACGGAUGAUCUUAGCAUCAGAUUGACAAGAAAGACAAUUCCUGGUUGGGUUAAUCGACUCGCUAGGCUAGGCGCCUUUUGCAACUGUCUUCUACCAGAGGGCAUGCGGUUGGAGUCGACUGAGACAAAGCAUCUAACUGAUUGUCGUUUCUCAGAUGGUUCCAACACAACCAGCAAUGAUGACUUCGAUGAUGAUGACUUGGAAGAGAAACACAUGCUUCCAACAUCUUCUGUUGGUGAAGAUUCAAUUGUAAAAGAGGUUCACAGGUGAUAGUCUGCUGAAGCCAUGCGAUGAGCUCUUUCUGUAUUCCUAAAUGUAAUGGCUUUCAACAUUCAAUGUGCAGUUUGUCAUUCAUUGUGUACAUUGUAAUUUCUGUAAUAUAAAAUGUAACGAGCCCCUCCUGUUCUGAUAUUCUGUAACGUUCAGUGGCUGGUCCAUAUUCACGAUUAAGUUCAUUCGUUCCGCU